UAGCUAGACAAAAUUGCCCCAACUGAUCAACUCUUUAAAUCGAAAUUGUUCCUUUUACUGUACUUCUCUCUGUCCCUAGCAACAUAAACGAUCAGCAAUGUUCAGUUCACGGAAAUCGGUAGGAUUAUUAGCUGAUAUCGGCCAAUGUCUUCUUAAAAAUUUGACGAGUUCGAGUUUGCAGUUUCGUUGCCAAAGAGUGCAAUGCUUCCGUGUUGGCAAUGCAGAAAUUCCAAAUGACAAACGAUUGGGGAUCGCUCUUCAGCACAUUCGUGGAAUUGGCCGCCAAAGAUCUCACCAAAUUCUUGUUGACCUAAGCUUGGAGGACAAACUCACCAAAGACUUGACUGCAUUAGAAUUCCACAAUCUUAGAGAUGAAGUCUCCAAGUACUUGAUUGGAGAAGAAUUAACUCGAGUUGUUAGAAGUGAUAUACAGAAAAUGGCGGACAUUCAGUGCUACAGAGGAUAUAAUCAUGCUUCCCUCUUGCCAUGUAGAGGACAACGGACUAAAACUAAUGCUCGGACCAGGAAGGGAAUAAGAACACUCAAAGCAAGCAAUUGGGAUCAACAUCAGUCUCUGGCUGAACGAAUGCAGAAGUUUCAAGAAAGAAGCUCGUGUUAGAAAAUGAUUAUGCAAUUAAAUCGAGAAUAAAUGAUGGUAUUGGUUGAGAUUGAUCAAUGUUCUCUCUACUAAUUUUGGCAGUUUAUCGUGGUUUAUUUUGACUGGUAGUUCUAAUUGUGCUGCUUUCAAUUAUUUGGGUUGGUGUGUUCUAUAUUUCAUUGGAUUUGUAGUAUGGUUUACAAUACUAUGAUUCAACUAUCAAAAUAAUUGGGUCUGUUGAAUCUAUAAGCUCUUUAUUUACUACUUAUUACAUUGAAUUGGAACUAAAGUAGCAGGAGACACCGGUGAACCAUAACAUUUGGGGUGCGAUAUGAACAUGAAAGUAUGUGGAUGUGGGAGAACUUGCAGAGUGACAUACCACCUAACAACGGUACAUCAGCAAGGUUUGGGCGGUCGUGGUAUAUCACCAAUGAGUCCUCUACUGUAAUAACUUUUUAUCUUUAUACUCCCUCUGUCCCAUUUUAUUUGUCCACUUCCUACUAAUUAUGUAAUCUUCAUAUUUAGAACUUUUUAUAUAUUAUAAACACUAGUUUGUAUAA